AGUAUGCGACUGUGCAAUGCGCCAGUAGCUUGACUGCAAAGUUCGAAAGUGUCUCACAUAAAUUUAAUCUUUAUGUUUUAUUGUAAUUUUUAAUUUAUGUGUAGACAUUUAAUACAACAAUUUUAAUAUAAAUAAUUAAAAACUAGUACAAAUAUGAGUAAACUAAACAAAUUCAUAAGUUAUACUAUAAGAGGAGCAUUAUUCGGAGCAACAAUAUUUGGUUCAUCAGAAUUAGGUAUAUGGAAAGAUGGUGAAACAUCGCGUGAAGUAGCAAAAAUCAUCAUUGCAAUUUUAACUCCUAUUGCAAAAAAAGCAGAAUCUGAAAUGCCAGAACAAGUAAAACAAUUGCCAUCUGUAGAAAAUUUAAAAUCCACAUCUACGGCGUGUUGGAACAAAGGUGUAUACAACGCUGGAGAGUUUGUUAUUGAUGUACCUAACAAAUGUGUCUGUGCAGCAAAUAAAGCAUAUCAAUUGGUUGAGGUACAAGUAAAUAAAUCUAAAGAAAAUUAACAAUGAUCUAUUAUUUUAUUGAGUAAAUAAAACUAUGUAUUGUGUUAAUUUUCAAUAGCAAUUUGUGCUGUAACUAUUUAUGAUUUGUUUUUGUAACACAUGGUGAAAUAGAUAAUUUGUUAAACUGUU